AGUUGCGUGAAGAACACAGAUGAGAGCUUUCAUUCUUGCAAAAAGGGAUGCCGUGUCUCCACAGCGAUUCCCUGCUGCGGGUCUCUUUCUCAGUCAUUUUGAGUUUGGCCUAAUCGAAGACGGAGGUUAUGAAGUCGAUCCUAGAUGGCCUUGCAGAUACGACCUUCCGCACCAUCACCACAGACCUCCUGUAUGUGGGCUCAAAUGACAUUCAGUACGAAGAUAUCAAAGGCGACAUGGCAUCCAAAUUAGGGUACUUCCCACAGAAAUUUCCUCUGACUUCCUUUAGGGGAAGUCCUUUCCAAGAAAAGAUGACUGCAGGAGACAACCCCCAGCUGGUCCCAGCAGACCAAGUGAACAUGACUGAAUUUUACAAUAAGUCUCUUUCAUCCUACAAAGAAAAUGGAGAGAACAUUCAGUGUGGGGAGAACUUCAUGGACAUGGAGUGCUUCAUGAUUCUGAACCCCAGCCAGCAACUGGCCAUCGCCGUGCUGUCCCUCACACUGGGCACCUUCACGGUCCUGGAAAACCUGCUGGUGCUGUGUGUCAUCCUCCACUCCCGCAGUCUCCGCUGCAGGCCUUCUUACCACUUCAUCGGCAGCCUGGCAGUGGCAGACCUCCUGGGGAGUGUCAUUUUUGUCUACAGCUUCGUUGACUUCCACGUGUUCCACCGCAAAGAUAGCCCCAAUGUGUUUCUGUUCAAAUUGGGCGGUGUCACGGCCUCCUUCACGGCCUCGGUGGGCAGCCUGUUCCUCACAGCCAUCGACAGAUACAUAUCUAUUCACAGGCCCCUGGCCUAUAAGAGAAUCGUCACUAGGCCCAAGGCCGUGGUAGCAUUUUGCCUGAUGUGGACCAUAGCGAUCGUGAUCGCUGUGCUGCCUCUCCUGGGCUGGAACUGCAAGAAGCUGCAAUCCGUUUGCUCAGAUAUUUUCCCACUCAUUGACGAAACCUACCUGAUGUUCUGGAUCGGGGUCACCAGUGUGCUGCUGCUGUUUAUCGUGUACGCCUACAUGUACAUUCUCUGGAAGGCUCACAGCCACGCGGUCCGCAUGAUUCAGCGCGGCACCCAGAAGAGCAUCAUCAUCCACACAUCAGAGGACGGCAAGGUACAGGUGACUCGGCCAGAUCAAGCCCGCAUGGACAUUAGGCUGGCCAAGACCCUGGUCCUGAUCCUUGUGGUUUUAAUUAUCUGCUGGGGCCCUCUGCUUGCGAUCAUGGUGUAUGACGUCUUUGGGAAGAUGAACAAGCUCAUUAAGACAGUGUUUGCAUUCUGCAGUAUGCUCUGCCUCCUAAAUUCCACCGUGAACCCCAUCAUCUAUGCUUUGAGGAGCAAGGACCUGAGACAUGCUUUCCGGAGUAUGUUCCCCUCGUGUGAAGGCACCGCGCAGCCUCUUGAUAACAGCAUGGGGGAUUCGGACUGCCUGCACAAACAUGCAAACAAUGCAGCCAGUGUUCACAGGGCUGCAGAGAGCUGCAUCAAGAGCACGGUCAAGAUCGCCAAGGUGACCAUGUCUGUGUCCACAGACACGUCUGCCGAGGCUGUGUGAGCCUGACGCCUCCCUAGCAGCACAGGA